CAAGCACGCUCGAACGACCCAAUGCUCCACCGCAAUAACUCAGCCACAGCCACAACACACAAACACAAACCCUUCGUUCCUCUCUCGUUCCCUUCUUCAAUUCGAUCAAACACAGAAUAGUACUUUUUUAUUAUGAUGGCCGUGGCCCGAAAGGAAAUGGACCGGAUCAAGGGCCCGUGGAGCCCGGAGGAGGACGAGGCUCUUCAGAAGCUCGUGGAGCGGCAUGGGCCCAGAAACUGGUCCCUCAUCAGCAGGUCCAUUCCGGGCCGGUCUGGGAAAUCGUGCAGGCUCCGAUGGUGCAACCAGCUGUCGCCACAGGUCGAGCACCGGGCCUUCACGCCGGAAGAGGACGAGACCAUAAUUAGGGCCCAUGCUCGGUUCGGUAACAAGUGGGCCACCAUAGCCCGCCUCCUCUCGGGCCGCACCGAUAACGCCAUCAAGAAUCACUGGAACUCAACGCUUAAACGCAAGUGCGCGUCCUUCAUGACCGCCGAUGAAGCCGCCGCCGGCGGCUUCAGCCCGAGGCCGCUCAAGCGAUCGUUCAGCGCCGGCACGGCGGUGCCUCCUCCAGGAAGCCCCUCAGGAUCCGACGUGAGCGAGUCCAGCGCUGCUCCCGGCGUGGUCUCUGUCUCUGUCUCUCCUUCACAAGUGUUUCGCCCCGUGCCGGUUCGGCCGGUUGUCGAAACGGCGUCGUCGCAAGACGACGCCGAUGCCGACGCCGAGGAUGCUGGACCUACUACCUCGCUGUCGCUGUCUCUUCCCGGGGUGGAGUCAUCGGAAAUCUCUAAUCGCACCUCGACGGUUCCGGUGAUGCCGGUGCACACCGUGGCUGCGGCGGCUCCGGUUCCGUUACCGGCGCCGGAGGUUGGAUUAGGAGCGUUGAAUUUGAAUGCGGAGUUUAUGGCGGUGAUGCAUGAGAUGAUAAGGAAGGAGGUGAGGAGUUACAUGGAGCAGCAGAAUGGGAUGAUGUGUUUUCAGGGUAUGGAAAUGAUGGAAGGGUUUAGGAACGUGUCGGUGAAGAGAAUUGGGAUUAGCAGGGUGGAUUCGUAAUUAUUAUUAUUAUUAUUAUUAUUAUGACCUAAUUAGUGUUUUCACAAAAUGAGGUUUAUGAAGAACUAUGAUCAAGGGAAGAGAAAAAAAAAAAAGGAAGCUGUUUUCCUUUUUUUAUUUUAUUUUUAGGGAAUAAUAAUAUUGGUUAGUGUACAGUGGGAACGGGACGAGAGAAGCCAAGAGUAGUAGCCUGGAAUGGAAUGAUGGAAAGUGAAAUUUCAUGGCAAAUUUGAAAUUUCUUUGGCUUGUUUCUGAGCCUCUUUGGAUGAUCCUGUGCUUCAGGUUUAUUUAGUUUGGAAAAAAACAUAAAUGAGGGGUUAGAUGCGAAAAAAGAAAGAGAGGGGUUGGAUUUAAAAAUGAAUGGAAUAUCCUCAAAUUUUCAAUAUUAAGUUCACAUUUUAUUUUCAUAUCCGCAGAAGCAUAAUGUAGAUAUUUGUUUUCGCUAAUAGUGUUUGGGCGCAACAACAGAAAGGAAAACCAGCCGGUAUUUGGUUUGAAA